UUGCACACCAUGGAUGACACCGACUACUACGACAUCCUGGGCGUCUCCCCGGCGGCUACCGACAAGGAUCUGGCAAAGGCCUACCGCGCCAAGGCCCUGCAGCACCACCCAGACAAGAACCGCGACAAUCCAUCUGCCGUGCACCUCUUCCAUCUUGCCAAGCUUGCCUACGACACACUGGCCGAUGCCCAGCAGCGUUCUGCCUACGACGAAAAGCGGCGUGCGCAGCUAGCCAAGCGGCAGCGGCACGAUGCCAUGAGCUCGCAAAGAAAGCGCAUGAAGUCGCAGCUGGAAAAGAGCGAGUCGAGUGCGCGGAUGGCCAGGGAGAAGGAGCGGGAAAGACAGGAGAUGCUCCGGGUGGAGGCCGAGAGGUUCAGGAGAGAGGCGAUGCGCAGCGAGUGGGCCAGGGACAGGGCCAUGCGAGAGCAGGUCGCCCAGGCGUCCGAGCCAGAGCCCGCGGAGGAGGCAGAU